GUGAGAUAUUUUUCACCCCGGUUCGCAAUUCAAAUCCUUUUUAAUUGCCGUCCGAUUAAAGAGACUAGUUUUAGAUUUUUUUCUAUAGGUAGCAGCAGUCCAACACAGAUUUUUAGCAUAAUAAGAUGAUUUAGAUUUUCGAUUUCUUUUGCUCUCUAAGUUCAGAGCUUAAAAAUAAUAAUACUAGGUUUGUGGCAAAAAAGAAAGGAAAAGCAUGGGUGAAGUAGUGGUGACUAGCGAGGAAGUCGAGGAAGUGAAAAUUGAUAGUGAAACAGAGGAGCAGGAAAAUGGGGAGGUUGAAGGGAACAUGAGGAGGAGGAGGAGGAAGAAGAAGAAGAAGAAGAAGAAGAAGCCUGGGUGUUCUGCUUCUGGAGCAGUGGUGAAUUGGGAAAGGUUUUUACCCAUGCCGGCUUUGAGGGUUUUGUUGGUCGAAGCUGAUGAUUCCACCAGGCAGAUUAUAUCUGCUCUUCUCAGAAAAUGCAGUUAUAGAGUUGCUGCUGUUCCUGAUGGCUUGAAGGCAUGGGAGAUGCUGAAAGGAAGACCACAUAAUGUAGAUCUCAUUUUGACAGAAGUGGAUUUGCCAUCUAUAUCAGGAUUUGCUCUUCUUACACUAAUUAUGGAGCAUGAUAUUUGUAAAAGCAUCCCCGUUAUAAUGAUGUCCUCACAAGAUUCAGUUAGCACAGUAUACAAAUGCAUGUUAAGAGGGGCUGCUGACUAUCUUGUUAAGCCAAUAAGGAGAAAUGAGCUGAGAAAUUUAUGGCAGCAUGUAUGGAGAAGAAAAUCAUCAAUUGUUGGUGGGAACUCCCCCCAGGAUGAGAGCAUUGGACAGAAAAAGGUAGAAACUACCUCUGAAAAUAAUGCUGCAAGUAAUCUUUCCAUUGGUUGCUUGGAUGGUGUCCGAAAAAAUAAGGAACAAACUGAGAAAGGGAGUGAUGCUCAGAGCUCUUGUACCAAGCCGGAAAUGGAAGCUGAGAGUGCCCAAAAGGAAAAUAUGCAGGAAUUUUCACACUUGAUAAAGGUAAAUUCUCCGCCAAUUGAAUCACAGAAGCAUGAAGCUCAUGGCGGUUUCAAUCAGAACCUGCUCAUGCAUGAGAUGGAAACUGAGGUUGUUGACUCAUGCAAGGAUGCCUACACAACUUUAUACAAAGGUGUUGAACUGGAAAAUCAAAGAAGGGAUACUAGGGUCUUGGUUGAGGCUGGUGAUGCGCUUGUUGAUUCACCAAGAGAAGCUAUUGACUUCAUGGGAACAUUUAAUAAAAAUUGCACUUCGUCUUCAAUAAAUAGCGCAAAAAAGUUUGAUUCUUCUCUAUUCUUAGAUCUUUCCUUGAGAAGAAGUAAUCCUAAUGUAUUUGAGAAUCAUGUUACUCAAGAAAGGCCUACCCUCUGGCAUCCUAGUUCAUCAGCCUUUACAAGGUAUACUAGCAGAGUAUCACAGCCCCUGCAUUCAACAUUGAUGAGUUUCAGUGAUCAAAAGAAAGACUCUGGGACUAAUUCUGAGAAGAUGUUGACCAAUGUUAUGUCGGAAAAUAAUUCAGAUACUCCUAGUCCUACACUAACUUCUCAAAGAAACACGAAUCCUUUGACUAUUGGAGCUACUGUUGAAUUGAAGCAAACUGAAGUAGCAACACCAUGCACACAACAUAGACUAUUUCCUGUCCCAGUACCAGUGAAGGGUAUAAGAUUGAAUAAUCCGUGCAAUGGAUAUAAUACUAUAAUUCCUCCAAUGUUUUGUGCACGGUCAAGUUCAUCCAUGGCGCCAAGUCCAAGCACAGCCAACCAACAGGAACCUGCCUUUCAUUUGAAUCUGUUUCGUCAUUCCAGUUUUGAAGCUAACUCCUCUGGACAGUUGUAUGACCGACUUGCCUCCAAUACAAACCAGUCAACCAGCCAGCUCUUGCACAAACUGGACCAAAAGUUGGAUUCAAUCGAGGAUAGAGGACAUAUUUCUCCCACCACUGAUCAGAGUGCAAGCAGCAGUUUCUGUAAUGGCUCCUUAAGCCAACUUAAUGGUGUUGCAUAUGGAAGCACUGGUGCAAGUAAUGGCAAUGUUGAUCAGGCUGCAGUCACCCGGGCUUCUACGGAGAGCAAGAAUGAUGACAGCUUUCCCAGCCCUAGUGGAAAACCAUGCCGUUCUAUCCAAAGAGAAGCAGCUUUAAUGAAGUUCCGUUUGAAGCGUAAGGAUAGAUGCUUUGAGAAAAAGGUCCGGUAUGAGAGCAGAAAGAAACUUGCAGAGCAGCGCCCACGAGUAAAAGGUCAGUUUGUCCGUCAAGUGCAGGCUGAUCCUAUGCAUAUAGAAACUGAGCAUCAUUAUGGGAAUUCAUCCGAUGGAUAGGCCUAGUUACAACUUUGUAAACCAGGGAGACCAUAGACUCAAGUUUGGUUUUGUGAAGGUGAAGAAACAAAGGCGUGGCAGAAUUUUAUAGAUAGUAUAGCACAUAUCCAUACUUUUUAUCAUAUUAGUGGUUAAUUACACACAGGUUGCUAUGUACUUAAUGUAAAAUAAUGUUUUGAUCUUUUAUAGUCGAUAGAGUUUUCAUCCCUGUUUUUCUCUGGGGUUGCCUGAAUCA